UGGAGCGGCGGUGGUAGCCGCGCCGGUGCUGCCGUUAUCAUGGCUGCUGCUGCCACUGCCACGUCUCCGGCUGAUAAGGAGAGAUUCAUCUGCAUUUAUCCAGCAUAUUUGAAUAACAAGAAGACAAUAGCAGAAGGAAGAAGGAUACCUAUAGACAAAGCUGUUGAAAAUCCCACGUCUACAGAAAUCCAAGAUGUAUGUGCAGCAGUUGGAUUCAAUGUGCUAUUAGAGAAAAAUAAGAUGUAUCCUAGAGAGUGGAACAGAGACGUGCAGUACAGAGGUAGAGUACGAAUCCAGCUCAAACAAGAUGAUGGCAAUCCAUGUUUACCUCAGUUUCCAACACGUAAAUCAGUGAUGCUGUACGCUGCAGAAACCAUUCCCAAACUGAAAACAAGAACCCAAAAGAUGGGAGGUAGCGAUCAAAGUCUUCAGCAAGGAGAAGGAGGCAAGAAAGGUAAAGGAAAGAAAAAGAAAUGAGCUCACAUCUGGAAUAAUUGUUACAUCACAUAAUUGUACUUACAACAAAUGUGGAUGGACACAUUACUUGCUGCAACUUCGAAGUGAGAGAUACAAGCAAGAAAUAAACAGGUGAAGCUGAAUAGAACUGCCUGCUUUUCUCAGAACUGGAAUGCAUGUAGCUGCCUCGCAUCUGUGUAACAAUAAAUCUGCCUUCACACACAACCUGCAAGUCUGAAGCUAGCAUCUACUUUUAAAAGUGGAAUAAUAUAAGCAGUUGGGGUGGAUGGGAGAAUUAUUCUUUCCAGCAGAAAUAUGCAGCUAUUAAUAAAUAAAUAUUCUUAUGCAGACUAGAUAUCUGAAAACUGGUUGCCUUAGUAAACCAUUUAGCUAUGCUAGUGAUAGUCUUAAUUCUGGAGAGUCUUCAUCACUAACAGAAAAAUGUAAAUCAAUGAAGUUAUGGCUCUGUAAACUUCCCUUGCUAAUAAUCUUUCACAACUGUCAAGUGUACUAAUAAAGGUGACAAGUUAAUUUAAAAAAUGUAAUUUGAUAGAAUACUUUUUCCAAAAGUGUUUAUUUUUCCUCCACAGCCUGUUGUAAAGAAGUCAGUGACAUAAAUUGUAAUGAUAAUAUUGUAAAGUUUUAAGAUAAUUUGAAAAACAUACUCCCUUUUGUGGCUUGUAUAACAUGGGAUACUAUAUUAUCCUGUUUUGGGUUGUUGUUUGAGAGCUUAGGAGACAUAGCUUUAUUUUCUACCUGUCAUACUAUUUCAGAUGUCUGAGGCUUGCAAUAUCUGGUAACUUAAAAUAUUUUUUUUAAUGUGGUCUACAGGCAGGUGUUCAAGGAACAUGUGGACGUGGCACUUCGGGACAUGAUUUAGUGUGUGUGGUUGUGUUGUGUUGGUGGUUGGACUUGAUGAUCUUAAGGUCUUUUCCAACCAUAAUGAUUCUGUGACAGGGACAGAAAGUUAUUUGGAGAAGAUGAAUUGGUCAGAACAGCUGUCCAGUAGCAAGGCUCCUUCAAAGUGAUUAAGAAAUGUACUUUGCAAGGUAAAUGAGGGAUAGUUUGGUAUAAGGAGACUGAAAAAGAAGCAGCAGUACCUGUUUUGAGUUUAAAAACAAAAAUCCUGUGUGAGUUUUCGAAUCUUUACUGCAUGAAAACAAAAUCAGUUGAAUGCUUUCACAGGUGACUGCUGGAAGCAAGUUAUCAGAUUAUUUUUGAUAAAUGUUUCAUGUGGCAAUAUUCUCUUUAGGGUUAGUCUUGUCUAUCAGGUAUGCUAUUUUAUGGCAUCACCUUUUUUCCAUUUUAGAGAUAAAGAGCAUUCGAAAUAUAUCUGAACACUUAAUGACUAUUCUAAAGUAAUGAAACUUGGUGAAGUUCCUGAUAAUAUACCUGCUCAAGUUACUUGUGCUUGUAGUCUGAGUUUUCUUAUGUUCUUAUAUUUCUUAUUCUGCUCAAGUGCAUCUUUUUCAAAUAGAUGGUGAGUUACCAGUGCCCCUUGAAGUUAAUGCUGAUAGGUACCAAUAGUGCAACUGCCUAGAGCCCCCGACUUGUGAAUGGUUUGAAGUCAAUUGUAUUUCCUGUCUGUAAUACUUUGUAAGUGUGGUUCUUGUGUUGCAUUGUUUAAUGAAGGAGGAUGUGUUCUCAUUCUCACUGCAGUUGUACCAAAUCCAAAAGCUACCCUGACAAAAUUCCUCAGGCCAAGCCCUGUACCAGUGUGGGAAUAGCAGUAUGUAGGCUCUCUAGAAUGUGUCGACCGUGGUCGUAUACAAAUGCCUUCAGUUUUUUCUGCUGAUGUAACAGUUCACACAAACUACCUUUGGACUGUCUGGCCUUGAAAACACACCUGAAUUUUGAGAAGUUAGUUAAAUGAUAUCUGUGAGUUGAUGGAAUGAUGUUCCUCCCAUCAGGGAGGAACAGCAGGAACAGGUGCCAUCUGAAAGGUUUUCUUGUUACAGAAAAGAACUGGAUGUGGUCAGAGGUUGUUAGUUACAGCCACUCUAUAGAGUUAGGGAUGUGCUACAGGUUAGUUGCAACAUGGGGAAAAAUACCAAGUAAGGUAUGCAAGCAAGAGUGGAAGAUAACACUUGCAAUAUAAAAGACCGUAACUGCCCACAGACUGUGGGACUCAAGUUAUUCCUGGCUUUUCCCGAGUUCUGAGGGACUUUAUUUGAAGUGAGAGCUCUGUGCAAAUUCAUUGAUAGAAGAUAACUCCAUGACGUUAAGUGGAGGGGAAUGACACCAGCCAAGUCUUGGUCAUGUUAUGCCUAAGUAUCAUAAGCCAGAGCUUUAGACCACAGACAGCUGACAAAUGUGGAGGUUCAGUCUCAUGGGUUAUCUGUUUACAGUGGUCAGAAAUUAAAUAUCUUAAGAACUUGUCUGUGCUAUGGUAUGUAUCUUGAGAAUUGCUUACCAAAAUUUCCCAAUCAAAGAACCCAAAUCAGUAUUUAGACUGAGAAAGAUUUCUGAAAAGAGUAAUAUUGAGCUCAAAUAUAUAAAACUGUGAUUUAAUCAAAUUAACAAAGAAAGCUUUUUGGUUAUUUUCGGUGAACCUGACUUUUUCUAAGCCAAUUGUGCACUGCUGGGAAGUCAGAUUAUUACAGCCAUUAGGGAGUUGAAGUUUGAUUCCUCCAACCCCUGCCUGCUUAUCCCCCAUUUCUAAGUUCAGCAUUUUGCUUUUUUUGAUUUCUGUCUGGCUUUAGAGUAAUUACACUAUGUGAGCAGUAUUUAUUCUUAAAUUGGGCAUCAGAAAGUUAAACACAACUCCCCCUUUCCUGCCAAGGUUAAGCUUAUAAAGCAGACUUUCAUUUCUGUAUUUCCUGGUUUUUAAUAGACUGGGUUCCUUAGGGGAUUAAAAAAAUAUGUGUCAAGAUAGUAAGUCAGUCAGGUUCUUCUACAGGUCUUUCCCCCUUCUUCAACACCCUUCCCCUCUCCCCUUCAACCCCUCAGUUCCUGGGAAUAGGCAGGAUGGUUAGAGGCUGUUGUGGGGCUGGGAGUGGAGACAAGGCUGCUGUGGAAAUACAGAAAUACUGUAACUGUUGGUCUUAAUACUAUCAAUAAAAAG